AUGACUCGCAGCGCAUACCAGCGCGAACUCUUCGGCUCUUGUUCUACGUCUGAGCUGCGAAGCACCAGCAAUGAUUCAGUAGUUGAAUUAGGAGAUGUGCUGCUGAGGGAUUUCAUUUACAAGCGACUCCGUCGUGUUGGGAUCGAUGCAUCGCGGUCCGAGCUGGGCGGGAGCGAGCCGAGCGACCCCACCGUUAGAGAAAUUGCUCAAUGCUUCCAGCGGAUUGCAGAUCAGCUGGACGGCGACGAAGAACUACAGAGAAUCCUUGACAGCUCAACACUGCAGCCGACUAGGGAAACGUUUGUGAAGGUGGUAAAGGAGCUUUUCAGGGAUGGGAAAUUUUCCUGGGGCACAGUGGUGUUGUUGUUCUACGUAGCUGGUCAACUUGUGAUCACGGCGAUCAAGCAGAAAAUGACAGACCUCAUCAAAAACAUCAUCGAAUGGACUCUGGACUACCUGCGGGAACAUGUGGUUGACUGGAUUAGGGAACAGGGAGGCUGGGGGGUGAUGUGUUCCUUCUUUGGCACUCCUACCGGUAAGAAUGUCUGCAUCCUUCUGGCUGGAGUUCUGGCUGCUGUCCUGGUCAUGCGCAGGUUGUGACAGAGAAUGGACAUGUCCCUGCUAAUGUAUAUGCGGUUUAUGCACAGAUUAUCUCUCCUCUGGGACAUGACCAAGAACAAAUACAUUUCUCUGUCUGUAUGGAAAAUGGAGCCCUUUUGGAAGCAUGACUACUUUACAGAUUACUUCCUGAUAAUUAUUGUCUGAGCCUGGGAUUCUCUGUGCUGAAUCAUGGGGCUCAUUAAAGUUCAAAGGACAUGUUUCUGCAGAGAAAAUGGCACUUGGUGGUGGUGG